AUGACGAGUGGUGCAAACCCUUCAGGAUCUCACUUGCCCUCAAAAAUAAGAAGCUCUAAAAUAGAUGACAACUACUUGAAGGAAUUGAAUGAGGACUUAAAGUUAAGGAGGCAGGAACUUCUAGAAAUGCUAAAACCUCUAGAAGAUAAGAACAACAUCUUAUUCCAGAAGUUAAUGUCUAACUUGGAGGAAAAACAAAGAAGCCUACAGAUCAUGAGGCAGAUCAUGGCGGGGAAGGGGUGUGAUGAAUCCUCAGUCAUGAAGCUCAUUAAGGAAGCAGAGGAGAUGAAACAGAACCUGGAAAGGAAAAAUAGGAUGCUUCGGAAGGAAAUGGAGAUGCUAUGGAACAAGACGUUCGAGUCAGAAGAAUUCAGUGAUCAACCAAAAACACCACAGAUAAAAAAUAAGGCAGAAUUGCAGGACAGAAAGGCUCCCAAAUCCCCCUCAUCACCUAGGAAGACCAAGAGUGAAGUGGAGACAUCACUUGCAGAGAAAGUGAAGGAGAUGAGGAAGGAAAAGCAACCGAGGAAAAUGGAAUGGGUCAAGUAUCAGGAACAAACCAAUAUCCUUCAGAACGACUUUAAUGGCAAAGUGAUUGAGCUGAGAAUUGAAGCUUUCAAGAACUACCAGAAGGCUAAUGACCUGAAAUUAUCACUGUACUUACAGCAGAAUUUUGAGCCAAAGCAAGCAUUUUUAAAUCUUUCUGAGUCUCAAGGUACCAUGGGCACCAUAACUAAGGGCAGAACAACUACCAGCAAGAAUGAACCCCAUGUGAGAAUUCUGGGUUCAAAGAUCUACACAGAACAACAAAGAACUAAAGGAAGUUUGAUGAUGCAGGAGGGAGGCGCUUUUUUCUGA